AUGAAUAAAGUACGACCAUUAAAUGCAAACCAAAUACCUGAUGAAUUACUUAAUGAUAAAGAACUUAAUCUACUAAUAAAACAAUUACCAGAAAAUUAUAAUUUUGAAAUACAUAAAACAAUAUGGAGAAUUAAAACAAUUAAAGCUAAACGAGUCGCAAUGCAAAUGCCUGAAGGUUUAUUUAUAUUUGCUUGUACUAUUGCUGAUAUACUUAAAGCUUACACAAAUGUUGAUGUUGUUAUUAUGGGUGAUGUUGCUUAUGGUGCAUGUUGCAUUGAUGAUUAUGGUGCUCGAGCAUUGAACUGCGAUUUAUUGAUACAUUAUGGACAUAGUUGUCUCGUUCCUAUUGAUGAAACACCUGGUAUAAGUAUUCUUUAUAUAUUUGUUGAUAUUCAAGUUAAUGUUCAACAUAUAGUCGAUACAUUAAAACAUCAUUUUACAUCUGAUAGUAAACUAGCACUUGUCAGUACAAUCCAAUUUGUUCGAUCAUUACAAAUUAUAAAAGAACAAUUAAAAGAUCAUGUCGCUGAUGUUAUUAUGCCACAAACCAAACCCUUAUCACCUGGUGAAAUUCUUGGUUGUACAUCACCAAUCAUACCUGAAUCUUAUUCAAUUUUAUAUAUUGGUGAUGGACGAUUUCAUAUUGAAUCAAUUAUGAUUCAUAAUCCAGAUGCACCAGCAUACAAAUAUGAUCCAUAUUCAAAAGAAUUUACACGUGAAUAUUAUGAUAUAAAAUCUAUGCAUACUAUACGUCAAAAUGAGAUUAAUAAAGCAGCAAAUGGUCAAGUUUGGGGUUUAGUUUUAGGUUCACUAGGACGACAAGGUUCACCAAAAGUUUUAGAAACAAUCAAACAACGCUUAAAAGCAAAUGGAAAAAAAUUUAUUCAAGUGGUUAUGCCUGAAUUAAUGCCUGAUAAAUUAAAACUAUUCAAAAAUGUUAAUGUUUGGAUUCAAACAUCAUGUCCACGUUUAUCUAUUGAUUGGGGUGCUGGAUUUCAAACACCAAUACUAACACCAUAUGAGGCUAUGGUAGCUCUUCGUCAGAUUGAAUGGCAAAAUCGUUAUCCAAUGGAUUUCUAUUCUCAAAAUAGUUUAGGACCAUGGACACCGAAAAAUCUUGAGCAUCGACCAAUAAAACAAACACGUCGAAAAAUUGAUGUAGCAUACGAGAAUAAAAAUUCUUCUACGACAUGUGAAAAUUGUUCAUCAUCAAUUUGUUCAAAUAAAACUUAA